AUGGGAUUAGAAGCUAUUGAUUUAUAUCGAAAGAUGCCUAAUAAAUUACGCAAUGAAAUUUCAUAUAGUUGUAUACUGAAUGCAUGUUCACAUUCAGGUCUUCUUGACGAAGCUUAUUCAAUUUUCAAUGAAAUUUCUCAUAAAACGCAACAAGUUAUUACUACAAUGGUUGAUUGUUUAAGUCGUCUUUCUUUAUUUGAUGAAGCAAAACAACUCAUAGAAGAUUAUGAAAAAUGUAAUGCACCAGAUUCAGUAAUGUAUAUGGCACUUCUAUCUGGUGCACGUAAUUCUCGACAAUCUCAUUUGUCACAAGAAAUUCAUAAACGAAUGAAAUUACUAUUUCCAAAUGAAAAAAAUCUUUUAAUAUCUGCUUCAAUUCUUCUUUGUAAUAUAUUAUCAUCGUUAGGACAUCAUGAAGAAGCACAAGCUAUUCGAUUAGAUCGAAUUAAAGAAUUCGGAAAUAAAGUUAAAGCAGGUUUAUCAUGGACUGAAGUUAAUGGGGAAGUAGUGCAAUUCACAGCUCAUGAUCAGUCUCAUCCUCAAUCAAAAGAAAUCUAUGCUGAGGCUCAACGAAUAUCAUCGGAACUAGUUAAAUAUGGGCAUGUCCAUGAUGGAAGUUGGAUUACUCGUCCAUUACGCGAAUAUGAAACAGUUGAAUCUGUUUUGUGUUCGCAUAGUGAAAGAUUGGCUAUUGCCUUCAAUUUUAUUGAAGGAAGGAAACCAUCUUUCAUUCAAAUCACGAAUAAUCUUCGUGUUUGUGGUGAUUGUCAUCGAGCUACAAAAUUAAUUGCCAAAAUUCGGCAAGUGGAGAUUGUGGUUCGUGAUGCUAAUUGCAUUCACCACUUUUCGACAAAUGGUACAUGUUCGUGUCAAGACCAUUUUUAG